AUGGGGUUUUGUGCUGCCGCUGACGCUGCGGCUGGUGCUGCAGCAGCAGAACCUGCACAAGAAACAGAAGCAGCAACAGCAGCAGCACCAGCAGCAGCAGCAGAAGAAGAGGACCCAGUGGUGUCAGAGGAUCUCGUGCUGCUGGACUUUCCAGAGUUCUCCUUCGCCCCCACACUCAUGCAAAGACAGCCAGCAACAGCAGCAGCAACAGCAACAGAAGCAGCAGGAACUGCAGCAGAAGCAGACGAGGUAUAUUCAGGAGCUUCCGCACAGGGCACGCAGGGGGCUGCGCAUGGGGCAAGGCCGACACCAGCCACCGCUGCAGCAGAAGCUGCUGCUACAAACAAGUCAGCAGCAGCAGCAGCAGCAGCAUUUUUGCGGCAAGAGGAACUGCAAGUGAAGGUGUGGGGGCUGGAGACAGACUCUCCUUUGAUGCUGCUGGGGGAUUUCCCCCUCAAAGGAGAACGCGAGACAAACCGCAUGACUAGUACUGCUCUAUUCAGAGUAGAAAAGCAACAAAAGCAGCAGCAGCAGCUGCAGCACAGCCAGAAGCAGCAACAGCUACAGACAGGUAGCAGCGGUACUGGAGCGGAGAACACGCAGGCCAAACUAGAGGGACUUGCUGCACAAGUUAUUUCGUUCAAGGUUGAUAUUACUGCAGCAGCAGUUGCCGCUGCUGCCGCCAAUACCGCAGCGAAUGAAGCAGCUGCUGCUGCUGCCAGUAGUCCGGCUGCUGCUUGUGGAGUCCUCAGCAGCAGCAGCAAAGACAGCAGCAGCAACAAUCUAUAG